AAGCUUCUGGUGCGCGGAGAGGGGCAGCCGGGCUCUCCCCACCCAAGGGGGGCAUCGAGGCUCGGGGCCGGCCAGGUAACAUAAACUGAAGCUCGCUAAGGAUCCGCCAACAUGGUUGCCUUGUCGUUAAAGAUCUGCGUCCGUCAGGGCAAUGUGGUCAAGACUAUGCAGUUCGAGCCGUCCACAGCAGUCUACGACGCAUGUCGGGUGGUACGGGAGCGAGUUCCGGAGGCGCAAACGGGGCAAGCGUCUGACUAUGGGCUGUUUCUCUCCGACGAGGAUCCACGGAAAGGCAUUUGGUUGGAAGCCGGCAGAACCCUGGAUUACUACAUGCUGCGAAAUGGGGACAUUCUGGAGUACAAAAAGAAGCAGAGACCGCAGAAGAUACGGAUGCUGGACGGGUCCGUGAAGACCGUGAUGGUGGACGACUCGAAAACCGUCGGGGAGCUGCUGGUGACCAUUUGCAGCCGGAUAGGGAUAACCAAUUAUGAAGAGUACUCCUUGAUCCAGGAGAGCAACGAAGAGAAGAAGGAAGAAGGCACGGGGACACUGAAGAAGGACCGGACGCUGCUACGCGAUGAGAAGAAGAUGGAGAAGCUGAAGGCAAAACUGCACACGGAUGACGAUUUGAACUGGUUGGAUCACAGUCGGACUUUCCGAGAGCAAGGCGUGGACGAGAACGAAACGCUGCUGCUGAGGCGCAAGUUCUUCUACUCAGACCAAAAUGUCGAUUCCAGGGACCCCGUGCAGCUCAACUUGCUUUAUGUUCAGGCUCGUGACGACAUCCUCAACGGCUCCCACCCAGUAUCCUUCGAGAAGGCUUGCGAAUUUGGAGGUUUCCAAGCCCAGAUCCAGUUCGGACCUCACGUCGAACACAAGCACAAGCCGGGAUUUUUAGAUCUGAAAGAAUUCCUUCCGAAAGAAUAUAUCAAGCAAAGAGGAGCUGAAAAGAGAAUAUUUCAGGAGCACAAAAACUGCGGAGAGAUGACCGAGAUAGAAGCCAAGGUGAAGUACGUGAAGCUGGCGCGGUCGCUGAGGACCUACGGGGUCUCCUUUUUCCUUGUUAAGGAGAAGAUGAAAGGGAAGAACAAGCUGGUCCCUCGCCUUCUGGGCAUCACCAAGGAGUCCGUGAUGCGCGUGGACGAACGGACCAAGGAGGUGCUGCAGGAGUGGCCGCUGACGACCGUCAAGCGCUGGGCGGCUUCGCCCAAAAGUUUUACUCUGGAUUUUGGGGAGUAUCAGGAAAGCUACUACUCGGUACAAACCACAGAAGGCGAGCAGAUCUCCCAGCUGAUCGCCGGUUACAUCGACAUCAUUCUCAAGAAGAAGCAGAGCAAGGACCGAUUCGGCCUGGAGGGAGACGAGGAGUCGACCAUGCUGGAAGAAUCCGUAUCGCCUAAAAAGUCGACCAUCUUGCAGCAGCAGUUCAACCGGACGGGGAAGGUUGAGCACGGCUCCGUGGCGCUGCCGGCGGUCAUGAGGUCGGGCUCCACCGGGCCGGAGACCUUCAACGUGGGCAGUAUGCCUUCACCCCAGCAACAGGUCACUGUCGGGCAAAUGCACAGGGGCCAUAUGCCCCCAUUGACCUCUGCGCAGCAAGCCCUGAUGGGGACGAUUAAUACCAGCAUGCACGCCGUUCAGCAGGCGCAAGCCGACCUGACAGAAGUCGACAACCUCCCACCUCUAGGAAACGACAUGGCAUCCAGGGUUUGGGUUCAGAACAAAGUGGACGAGUCGAAGCAUGAAAUCCACUCUCAGGUGGAUGCCAUCACGGCCGGGACUGCCUCUGUCGUGAACUUGACGGCAGGCGACCCCGUGGACACGGACUACACGGCGGUGGGCUGUGCCAUCACCACCAUCUCUUCCAACCUCACGGAGAUGUCCAAGGGGGUGAAGCUGCUGGCCGCCUUGAUGGACGACGAAGUUGGGAGCGGAGAGGACCUGCUGAAAGCUGCCCGGACUUUGGCAGGUGCUGUUUCGGACCUGCUGAAAGCCGUGGAGCCGACUUCAGGAGAGCCUCGCCAGACGGUCUUGACGGCAGCAGGGAGCAUCGGGCAGGCCAGCGGAGAACUCCUCCGGCAGAUUGGAGAGAACGAAACCGAUGAGCGGUUCCAGGAUGUGCUGAUGAGCCUGGCCAAAGCCGUGGCCAAUGCCGCCGCCAUGUUGGUGCUCAAGGCCAAGAACGUCGCUCAGGUGGCCGAGGACAUGGUUCUGCAGAACAGGGUGAUAGCUGCUGCCACCCAGUGUGCGCUCUCCACCUCUCAGCUUGUUGCUUGUGCAAAGGUGGUCAGCCCCACCAUCAGCUCCCCGGUGUGCCAGGAGCAGCUGAUCGAAGCCGGCAAGCUGGUGGACCGUUCCGUGGAGAACUGCGUGCGCGCCUGCCAGGCUGCCACGGACGACACCGAGCUGCUCAAGCAAGUCAGCGCAGCCGCCAGCGUGGUCACCCAGGCCCUCAACGACCUCCUGCAGCACGUCCGGCAGUUUGCCAGCCGGGGGGAGCCCAUCGGCCGCUACGACCAGGCCACCGACACCAUCAUGUGUGUCACCGAGAGCAUCUUCAGCUCCAUGGGAGAUGCUGGUGAAAUGGUACGGCAGGCCAGGGUUCUCGCACAAGCCACCUCGGAUCUGGUAAACGCCAUGAGGUCAGACGCCGAGGCAGAAAUCGACAUGGACAAUUCCAAGAAGCUUCUUGCUGCCGCGAAGCUGCUGGCCGAUUCUACAGCCCGGAUGGUUGAAGCGGCAAAGGGGGCUGCAGCCCACCCCGAAAACGAAGACCAGCAGCAGAGGCUUCGGGAAGCAGCGGAAGGGCUACGAGUGGCCACCAAUGCAGCCGCCCAGAAUGCCAUCAAGAAGAAAAUUGUCAACAGAUUAGAGGUUGCUGCCAAGCAGGCAGCGGCGGCUGCGACUCAGACCAUUGCAGCCUCCCAAAACGCAGCAAUUUCCAACAAGAACACGGCGUCUCACCAGCAGCUGGUCCAGAGCUGCAAGAAUGUCGCCGAUCACAUCCCCCAACUGGUCCAGGGUGUUCGGGGGAGUCAAGCCCAGGCCGAAGACCUCAGCGCCCAACUCGCCUUGAUAAACUCCAGCCAGAUUUUCCUCCAGCCGGGAAGCAAAAUGGUGGCCUCAGCGAAAGCAGCGGUGCCGACGGUGGCUGAUCAGGCGGCUGCCAUGCAGCUAAGCCAGUGUGCCAAGAACCUGGCCACCAGCCUGGCGGAGUUGAGGACGGCCUCCCAGAAGGCGCAUGAAGCGUGUGGCCCCAUGGAAAUAGACUCUGCCCUGAACACGGUCCAGACGCUCAAAAACGAACUGCAAGAUGCAAAGAUGGCAGCUAUUGAUGGAGAGUUGAAGCCACUCCCAGGGGAAACGCUGGAGAAGUGCGCGCAGGACCUGGGAAGCACCUCCAAGGCCGUGGGCUCCUCCAUGGCCCAGCUGCUGACGUGCGCGGCACAAGGGAACGAACACUACACAGGGGUCGCCGCCCGAGAGACGGCUCAGGCUUUGAAGACUCUGGCCCAAGCGGCCCGGGGCGUGGCUGCAUCCACCAGCGACCCCGCAGCGGCUCACGCCAUGUUGGAUUCGGCCAGGGACGUCAUGGAAGGUUCGGCGAUGCUCAUCCAAGAAGCCAAGCAGGCGCUGGUGGCCCCGGGAGAUGCGGAGAGCCAACAGAGGCUGGCACAGGUGGCCAAGGCCGUCUCCCACUCCCUGAACAACUGCGUGAAUUGCCUGCCCGGCCAGAAGGACGUGGACGUGGCCUUGAAGAGCAUCGGCGAAUCGAGCAAGAAGCUGCUGGUGGAGUCGCUGCCUGCCAGCUCCAAAUCAUUCCAAGAGGCUCAGAGCGAGUUGAACCAGGCAGCGGCUGAUUUAAACCAGUCAGCGGGAGAGGUGGUCCACGCGACACGGGGCCAGAGCGGAGAGUUGGCAGCCGCCUCCGGGAAGUUCAGCGAGGAUUUUGACGAGUUCCUGGAUGCUGGGAUCGAAAUGGCCGGGCAAGCUCAGACUAAAGAGGACCAGAUUCAAGUGAUCGGGAACUUGAAGAAUAUCUCCAUGGCUUCUAGCAAGCUGCUUCUCGCUGCCAAAUCUCUGUCGGUGGACCCGGGAGCGCCCAACGCUAAGAAUUUGCUGGCUGCCGCUGCAAGGGCUGUGACGGAGAGUAUAAACCAGCUGAUCACCCUGUGUACCCAGCAAGCUCCCGGCCAGAAGGAGUGUGACAACGCUCUCCGGGAACUGGAGACAGUCAAAGGGAUGCUGGAAAACCCCAACGAGCCCGUGAGCGACCUCUCUUACUUCGAUUGCAUUGAAGGAGUGAUGGAGAACUCAAAGGUGCUUGGCGAGGCGAUGGCGGGGAUUUCGCAGAAUGCCAAGACAGGAGACCUGCCCGUCUUCGGCGAGUGUGUCGGGGUAGCUUCCAAAGCCCUUUGCGGUCUGACUGAAGCGGCAGCUCAGGCAACUUAUUUGGUGGGCAUCUCCGAUCCAAACAGCCAAGCCGGCCAGCAGGGACUCGUGGAUCCGAUCCAGUUUGCCAGGGCCAACCAGGCAAUCCAAAUGGCAUGUCAGAACUUAGUAGACCCAUCAAGCAGCCCAUCCCAGGUUUUAUCUGCUGCGACCAUAGUGGCAAAGCACACUUCCGCGCUCUGCAACGCUUGCCGAAUUGCCUCUUCGAAGACGGCCAACCCCGUCGCAAAGAGGCACUUUGUGCAGUCGGCCAAGGAGGUGGCAAACAGUACGGCCAACCUGGUGAAAACCAUCAAGGCCUUGGACGGUGACUUCUCCGAAGACAACCGGACAAAGUGUCGCAUUGCGACCGCCCCGCUGAUCGAAGCCGUGGAAAACCUGACGGCCUUUGCCUCCAACCCUGAAUUUGUCAGCAUUCCGGCCCAGAUUAGCGUGGAGGGUUCCCGGGCUCAGGAGCCCAUCCUCACCUCUGCCAAGACCAUGCUGGAGAGCUCGUCAUCGCUAAUCAAAACAGCCCGCUCAUUGGCCAUCAAUCCCAAGGACCCGCCCACCUGGUCCGUUCUGGCUGGACACUCCCACACCGUCUCAGAGUCCAUUAAGAGCCUCAUCACUUCCAUUCGAGACAAAGCCCCUGGCCAGCGGGAGUGUGACUACUCCAUCGAUGUCAACAGAUGUAUCCGGGAUAUUGAACAGGCCUCUCUCGCCUCGGUCAGUCAAAACCUGGCCACUAGGGACGACAUUUCUGUUGAGGCCUUGCAGGAGCAACUGACAUCUGUCGUCCAAGAAAUCGGGCAUCUCAUAGACCCCAUCGCCACAGCGGCCCGAGGAGAAGCCGCUCAGCUCGGGCACAAGGUAAUGCAGCUGGCAAGCUAUUUUGAACCGCUGGUUCUGGCUGCUGUCGGAGUGGUCUCCAAACUGAUGAAUCACCAGCAGCAGAUGACCUUAUUGGACCAGACCAAGACGCUGGCAGAAUCCGCACUCCAGAUGCUCUACGCGGCCAAGGAAGGAGGCGGGAAUCCCAAGGCCUCGCACACUCAUGACGCCAUCACGGAAGCUGCUCAGCUGAUGAAGGAAGCCGUGGAUGACAUCAUGGUCACCUUGAACGAGGCUGCCAGCGAAGUGGGCAUGGUGGGCAACAUGGUGGAUUCCAUAGCUGAGGCCAUGAGCAAGUUGGAUGAGGGCACGCCGCCAGAGCCCAAGGGGUCCUUUGUCGAUUAUCAGACCACCGUGGUCAAGUACUCCAAAGCGAUUGCCGUCACAGCCCAAGAAAUGAUGACCAAGUCGGUUACCAACCCAGAGGAGCUCGGAGGACUGGCUUCGCAAAUGACUAUAGACUACGGGCAUUUAGCAUUCCAGGGCCGAAUGGCAGCUGCCACCGCAGAACCAGAGGAGAUAGGCUUCCAGAUCAGAACCCGGGUCCAAGAACUCGGCCACAGCUGCAUCUUUCUGGUCCAGAAGGCCGGCGCCCUCCAGAUCUGCCCCACAGAUGGCUACACCAAGAGGGAGUUGAUCGAAUGCGCCCGCGCUGUCAGUGAAAAGGUAUCCCUGGUCCUCUCAGCCCUUCAGGCCGGGAACAAAGGCACCCAGGCCUGCAUCACCGCCGCCAGCGCUGUCUCGGGCAUCAUCGCUGACCUGGACACCACCAUCAUGUUUGCUACAGCCGGAACCCUGAAUGCUGAAAACAACGAGUCCUUUGCCGACCACAGGGAAAAUAUUCUGAAGACUGCGAAAGCCUUGGUUGAGGACACAAAGCUCUUGGUGUCCGGGGCCGCGUCGAGUCAAGAGAAGCUGGCUCAAGCAGCUCAGUCAUCGGCCAGCACCAUCACUCAACUGGCCGAGGUGGUGAAGCUGGGAGCCGCCAGCCUGGGCUCAGAUGACCCGGAAACACAGGUUGUGCUGAUCAACGCCAUCAAGGAUGUCGCAAAGGCCCUGUCAGACCUCAUUGGGGCCACCAAAGGAGCAGCCAGCAAGCCGGCCGAUGACCCGUCCAUGUACCAGCUCAAGGGAGCAGCCAAGGUGAUGGUGACGAACGUCACGUCUCUUCUGAAGACGGUGAAAGCCGUGGAGGACGAGGCCACGCGAGGGACGAGAGCUCUCGAAGCCACGAUCGAAUACAUCAAGCAGGAGCUUGCGGUGUUCCAGUCCAAGGAGGUUCCCGAAAAGACGUCUUCGCCGGAAGAAUCCAUCCGGAUGACGAAAGGCAUCACCAUGGCGACAGCCAAAGCUGUGGCAGCCGGCAAUUCCUGCCGGCAGGAGGAUGUGAUCGCCACGGCCAACCUGAGCCGCAAAGCGGUGGCUGACAUGCUGACGGCCUGCAAGCAAGCUUCUUACCACCCCGACGUGAGCGAGGAGGUCCGGGUGAGAGCACUGCGCUAUGGGACGGAGUGCACUCUGGGAUACCUAGAGCUCCUGGAACACGUUCUUGCAACUAUUCAGAAGCCCACUCCAGAGUCCAAGCAGCCCCUGGCUUCCUUGUCCAAACGGGUCGCUGGCGCCGUCACGGAACUCAUACAGUCCACUGAAGCGAUGAAAGGCACUGAAUGGGUCGACCCAGAGGACCCCACAGUCAUUGCCGAGACGGAGCUGCUGGGGGCCGCAGCCUCCAUUGAAGCCGCGGCGAAGAAACUGGAGCAGCUGAAGCCCAGAGCCAAGCCCAAGCAGGCAGACGAGACUCUGGACUUUGAAGAGCAGAUCCUAGAAGCCGCGAAGUCCAUCGCAGCUGCUACCAGUGCCCUGGUCAAGUCAGCCUCCGCCGCUCAGAGGGAGUUGGUGGCGCAGGGGAAGGUUGGGGCGAUCCCUGCCAAUGCAGCUGACGAUGGACAGUGGUCUCAAGGACUCAUUUCUGCGGCCCGAAUGGUGGCGGCCGCAACCAGCAACCUGUGCGAAGCAGCGAACGCUUCGGUCCAAGGCCACGCCAGCGAGGAAAAACUAAUCUCCUCGGCCAAGCAAGUGGCGGCUUCCACAGCCCAGCUGCUGGUGGCUUGUAAAGUGAAGGCAGACCAGGACUCGGAGGCCAUGAGGCGGCUCCAGGCGGCGGGCAAUGCAGUCAAACGAGCGUCGGACAACCUAGUCCGGGCAGCCCAGAAGGCGGCAUUUGGCAAAGCAGACGACGACGACGUGGUGGUCAAAACCAAGUUUGUGGGGGGCAUCGCACAGAUCAUUGCAGCUCAAGAAGAGAUGCUCAAGAAGGAACGGGAGCUGGAAGAGGCCAGGAAGAAGCUGGCCCAGAUCCGGCAGCAGCAAUACAAAUUUCUCCCUACCGAAUUGCGGGAAGACGAGGGCUAAGCUGCCCAGGAGGCGUUCUUGAAGGAAACGAGCCGAAGGGGCUCUUGCCUAAAUGGGUUGGGGCAGGCUGUUCUAGACUCUUCUGCUGAGGUGCAUUGGUCCACCGACGGGUUAUGGUACAGCGUUGCGAUCACCCCCUUCCCCCUUCCUCUCUUUGAUGCGUCUCAGGAGAAAGAGAGAGAGCCCCGCAUUUCUACAAAGGGAUUAUAAAGUCAGUAUUAUCUCAUAACCUGAAGUUUUGACCUAUUUAUUACUCUGUUUGACCUGUGUUUAAGGACUCUGGUAUCAUAUAAUACGUAGGAACCCAGUGUUAAGUCUUUUGUCUCCAAUAAGCUACCCAAAUGGCACGGGGGCCGGGAAGGUCACGUCUUCUCUCUUUCCUUCCAAGACUUAAGGCUCGAGGCAAGAACCAGACGUAUGAAUGUUUUGUGGCCUCACCGAGAACAUUUUUUCAGUCACGCGGUGCCCUCUCGGAUCAGAGGAGCCUUCUCGGUACCUGUUUGCACUAGGAGUAUUCAUUUCAGCACAUUUUCCGUGGUUGUUAUUACCCUGCUUUUGUACAGUAUUGGUGGGGGGGGGGGCGGAUUUGGGUUUCUGGCUCGUGAAGGAUUUUGAGAGCCUUCCUGGGUUUUUUUUUUUUUUUAACGAAUAAUCCAAGGAAGAGAAACGGGGUGCGUGUGGUUUUAGAACUCCAGGUUCAUGAAGGAAAAUGCCUUUUUGUUGUUUAUAUACCUCUCACUUAGGUGACCCAAGAAGCAAAUUCUCAGCAUUCAAACUGCAUUUACUUCCCCUCUUGUUUAUGUGAAAGGCUGGUUUAUACCAUGAGGUUGGUACAGAUCCCGACAAGAUGCUUGGCUGCCCUUAAGGCCGGUGGGAUGCCAGAGGUAUGCCAACAGAUACCGAAUAACAUAUGCAGGGACAAUGUUCAAGCCAAAAUUGUCCAGAACAGCUGCUUGAGUUGUCUUGGAUAGUUGAGCCGACCCUGGAUCACAGUGGAAAGAGCAGGGAACCACGGGGACUUGGAAAUAUUUAUCUCCAUUUAUUCUUCCUGUGGCAUCUUUUCUCCCUCUCUUUACACAUCUGUAGGCCGUGCACAAGAAGUCAGAAAAUUCUUUUUUUGAACUGUGAAGGAAAAUAUUUGGGAAUUGCAAGCCGGCGCACUAAAAUAGCGCUUUUCCGGUACAUAGUCAUGACAUUUGUAUCUAAAGAGCAGCUUCCAGAAAAUAAAAAUAAAAAAAUCUG